AUGAAACAUAGAUCUCGUUCUCUUACUCAUCGUUUGAAACAAUCCUAAAUUAAUUCUCAUCAAAUAAUUAAUCAAUAACAUAUUACCAAUAUAAAUAAUAAUAUAGAAAUCUCUUUAUCAUAACAAGGAAUGUAACUCUAAAUUAUGAAUUAAAAAAGAAAAAAUUUCAAUAAAGUCUUAAAUUUUAUACUUCAAUAAAAAAACAAUAAUUCUAAUACUCAUAAUUUUGGAACUAAUACUAAUAUUGCUAAUUCUUAAAAUGAUUCUCAAAACUAAAUAAGUGAAAGAUAUAAAAUAAACUAUUAUAAAAAAAUUAAACAAUUUGAUUUUGAGUCACAAAUUCCAGAAGGUCCUUUACUAAGUUUUAGAUAAUUUGCAAAAAUUUAAGGGUUAAAGAUUCCCUAAAUCUUAGAAUGA